AUGGACACCUUUAGCAGUAAGUUACAGCAGAAGGCUCUGCAGCAACCUAAGCAGAAGAAAUCCAAGUCGGCUGAAUUUCUGAUGGGUGAAGAGGAGAGAGCUGCUCUGGUGGGCAUAGAAAACCCAUCCUUCGAUGGAGGAGGAAGCACUGAGCUUUCUGUUCCUCCGGUUUGGCUGGGGAGAGAAAUUCGAGGUGACAGGCCAGAUAGCACCCUUGCAGCUCACCCAAAAAAAUUGGAGCUGCAAGCCCCUGCCAAAGAAAGAGGAAAUAAACGUGCCCAAAAUUACUUUGACCCAUCGUCGGCAGAGCAGACAGACCCAAGGCAUCGCAGGACGGCUGGGGUCAGCGCUGAAGAUGAGCUGGAAUUAACAAUAUUGAAUGCUGAUGAAAACAGGCUGUAUCAAAGAAUGGCUGCCCUACUGGAUGAGGACGAUACCUUCAUAAAUAUACCUGGUACGCUGCUAGCCUCCAGGGAUGAGGAGGUGUUGGAGGUGAAGGCGGGUGAUCCGGUGCUUCAGCGGCGACUGCUGCUCCACGGUGGUGGUGAUGCCUCGGGCUCCAGGCCCUCCCAGGCCCAAACCAUUGCCAAAACCCAGGCUGGGGCCAGUGCUGGGCUGCGAGGAGAGGCUGGACUCGAAGUGGGGAGGAUGGUAAUGGGCAGAGAGAGCACUGUAAAAACAAGAACGGCUGAGGAGGUGAUCCCCCACUACGCCCAGCAGCUGAGGGAGCGUGUGCGGCCUGACAUGAUCACGCUUGGCAGCCUUUCACUGCAGCAGCAAGUGGCUCAGAAGGGACCGCUGAAGAGGAGUGAGUGGGCUAAGAGAAAGGAGAGACUAAUGGCCUUCUUCGCUGGGAAUGUUAAGGAGCCUCAUUCACAAAGAGACUGUGACGAGGCAGCCAGAGAAGCGCCGCAGCCCCGUCUGAACACGCUGCUUCAAACCAUUGAAAGCCCGUCACUCAGAGCGCUGGGGGAAGGCCAGGAGGAAGCCAUGGCCAAAUACGGCCACAUGACAGAGCUCCCAGAAUCCUCCUCUUCAGCGUCACGGCCCCUGUGGCAGGGGAGCCAGAGCAUAACUCCUCAGCCUGUGGAGGUGUGUGUGCGUUGUCUAAGAGCCACCAGAGACAAGCUACCCAGGGGCCUCUACGCUGUCAGUGUGGGCCUUCACAGCCGUCUCGGGGGUCCAGCUCUGGCCUGGUGCAGUAAGAAGGAUCUGCAACAAUACGCGACCUCCACCGAGCCAAUCGAGCAUCGGGGCCGCUUCUGCGACAUUGACCUGCACAUCAACCAGAGCCUGUUCAUGAUCUUACCUGCCGCCUGUGAGGUCGUUCCCGCCAUGGCGCUGGUAUUCCAACUGAUUGCUCUACCGGGAGACAGCAGCCACAUCAGCUCUGUGCUGGCUUGGGGAGCAUUUCCUGUUUGUGGUCUGAACCUGGGUCUCGUCCAGGGCAGGUUCAAAACCCCUCUGCUCAGGGGGGAGCCGAAUACACAACUGGACCAGUUUAAAAAGAUUGAAGCCGUCAUCUCCUCUGAUCUAGACCACUGGCUGUGCAACCUGUACUUUCAGGUAAAGAGGCUCCCUUCUGGAACGUCUGGUGGAUCAGAGCACUGCAUCCCAUUAUCGAUUCCCCAACCUAACCCCCCUGUCAUGCCCCAACCUGAGGUCCAUCAUGACCAAAACCAAGGUCAACUGCCACUCCAGCCCCAGCCCCCAUCACAGGCCCAGCUCCGUCAUCAGUUAUACCCUCAACAGCAGGCGCAUGCGGGCCCCAGCAGCAGAGCAGGAGAGCCUGCUGUGGUACACUCUCACCGGGGGUCGCCUCUCCACCUGUCAGCUGAUUCAGCUUGCUCUUCCUCAUCUCUGCCAGGGAAGAAUUCCUCCUCGGGAGCCAUUUCUAGAAACACGGCGGAGAAGGGUGAUCCAUGCAGAGAGAAGGCAGAGGGUGGGAUUCACUACAAGAAGAAGCCAAUCAAGAAGACAAAUAGCUGCGGCCCCAGCAUGAGCGGCAGCAGCGCGCCGCCUCGGCAGGCAGACAAACAGAAGAUGCAGCCUUCAAUGGAGAACCUCUCCACAGAGGAGAUGGAGGAGUAUACAUUCUCCCUACAAUCAGCGCCAACUGGAUCUGGUUCCUGCCCCUCACGCCUGUCCGACCGAGCCUGCCUGGCACUACGCAUGCUGCCGUCCGAGCUGGGCCUGCCGUUGCCGCGGCAACAACAGCCGCAUAGUAGCUGGCGUGGCUCCGUUCGGCAGCUCGGCCUCAUUAUGCUGCUGCUGGCUUUGAUGUGGUUUGUGAGGCUCUACCUGCAUUACUGCAGCCAGUGGCUCUACCUCCAGGCCAUAGCAGUUCCUGUCAACAAAUUCCAGUUCCACGCACACACGGUGGACCUCGUAUACCAGAGUUCCCUGCUCCACACCCGCGAGGAGCUGGCGAUGGUGGUGGUGGGUCCCCUGACCUUGAACGCAGUAACGUUCCUGCUGGUUCUGAUCAGAUGGGGCUGUCAACAGAUAUUUGGCUCACUCCCUUCCUUCACGUCAAAGUUUAUCAUGGCUCAGGGAGUGUGGACAGUCCUCGACCCCCUGGCAGUCUUUGCAGUGGACGCCGUCCUCGGGCGUCUUGCCUACAGUCCAGAUACACCGGUGGGUGACGCAGCCAAGCUUUACUGGCACUUCUAUCGCGCUGACCAAUCAGGUGCAGCAGGAGUGAUCAUCACCCUCUUCCUUUACGCUGUCCUCUUCCUGCUCUCCAUCACCAUCCUCACCAUUAACAUGCUCAGAUUCCACAACGACGGUCGCAUGCUGGAUGUCUUUCAGCGUCUCACAGCCAGAGAGGGGACGUACUUCCUUCCUCAGGACCUGGAGCUGUCCAAUCAGGAGCUGAGCUACAUUGUAAAGAAGGCAGAGCAGUGGAGAGGCUUCAAUGGGGAGAGGCGCAAGGUGGUGGUCUAUGACUAUAUCUGGACAGCAGAAGAUCCCUUGGCAGGCUCUGCAGGCCCUAGUGACCCCCCAAUGGAGGGUGCACCCCUACCAGAGGGCGAGACCAGCACCCAUGUGGCAGUCUACACCCUGUACCUGAGUGGGCUGAAACAAAGAUACAGACACUUUCUCCGACAACCGGAUGGGGCUAUCAUUGAGGUGAUUGGAGACAUGGAAGUUGUGGACAAUUCAUCCAGGAUGGUGCCAUGCGCGGGUCAGAGCUCUGCCAGCCGGAGAGAGGACAAGGAAGGUGCGCCACACCAGCCAAGGAAACGGAAGAAACUAUUUGGGCGGUCCCAUCGUGUUGAGCCGGUAGGAGGAAGCGGGUGUGGCUCCAGUUUUGCACUGCAAGAACUCCACCAAUGA